AUGAAUAAUCAUCAUAUUCACAAAGUUGAAUAAAUCAAACCCAUGUCAGAGUCUAAAUUAAAUACCUUAAGAAAAUACUAUGAGCUUACCUUAGAAUAAAAGAAAGAUCUCGAAUAUUUUACUCUUAUCAAACAUUUCAUAAAUAAUUAAGAAGAAUAUCAUGACAGUGAUACUUCUAGUAGUUAAGGUCUUUCUGAGACUUCAAAUACUGUUUGUAUAGAAGGAAGUGCAUAAUAAUAGAUAUGCAUAAAGAUGUUUGAUAUUAUAAAAUAAAUGAAAAGAGCAGUAAAAUAGUCUCAAAAAUUAUGCUCAACUAAGAUCAAAAAAAUAAAUAAGGUCAUAGAAAAGAGACAAAAAGAAAUCAAUAUGUUCAAAAUAAAACUUGAUCUGUUAUGA